GUUUUUCUUGUUAUUGUUACUGUUGAAACGAUGGCUGCGGGGCCUGUGAAGUCCGCGAUAAAAUUUACGAAAGUGUUUGACGAAUCGAAGGGUCGUUUUCUGCUUGUUUUGCUCGUGAGGUCCGACGACACGAGGCUUACAAGCCUGAAGUUUUUUCUGACGGAUGGAAAUGACGUUUGGCAAACGGAAACGUCUUUUGAAGAACUGUGCGGUUCGCUCAGUGGUCGUCAAGACGACAACAUGAAACACUUGACCAAACGAAUCGGCAGUUCUCGGCUGGAGUAUUUUGAGGAGACGUGGACGCUCUUCUUCUCGGUCCCCGGAAAGACGAGCAGCCUGCGGUUUGCGGCCGACACCAGCAGACCGCUGUCCAUCGCGCGCCUCGAGCUGAUGAUUUCGUUGGCGGACGCCAGCGAAUGGACGGUCCAGCCAGAACCGGAUGCACUGCCAUCUCUGAUUUUGCGCAAGAAGAAGGCGCACAACGUCUUGACAAUAGACAAGGAGGGCAUGAGCCUAGUUAACCCGAGGAGCAAGAAAAUACCCAAGAGCAGGGGCAUCGAAUUUGACUGACACAUAGGAAUGGCAGACGGAUUUCGAUGGAUUUACUAUGGCAGACUCAUUUCGAGACUCCUGGCAGCAUUUUGAGUUUGAGACUCUCCUCGCGGUGGAAGCCAUUCACUAGGGUCGCUUGCAAUGUCACUGCAGUGUUCUCUCUUUUUCGGUAAGAGGGCAUUUCACUGUUAACACUUCGUUAUAGCUUUAUUUAUGAAUGUUUAUGCAAUAUUUAUUCAAUUUAAUUGAAAGGUCUGGGCAUUCUCGCUCUUAUUUCAUGGCGUGACAAUUCUUUUCUUUUUUUUUAAUAUAUUAAUGAAUUUUAAAAAUGUGAUUUGAUAACCAUGCAGUGCAUUUGUUACAAAAAAUGCUUGUCUCAUUUUAAUGUUUUUUUUUCUAUAAUUAUUUAGAUAAUAAAAUGUUUUUAGCUCAAGAUUCGUUGGCAUACUAAGGCAAGGUUGUAUAAUUGUCAGAGGAAAGAAGGCUUUUUGGCACAGCUUUCGUCUAGGCCUCCAAUUAUUUUAAAUGAAAGUAAACUUGUUAGUGUUACACAAUUUGUGUAACCUCAUCACUAAACAGAAUCCAACAUGCUUUAGAUAAGCUAUGGUAGAGCAUCCUAGGACAUGAUUGAAUAUGGUCCGGUGGUCUUCAAAAUGAAUAAUUAGAAUGUAGGUUUCUAAACAGCACUAGCAAAAUAUGGUUGAAAUUUUUUUAAUCUAAUGAUUCCUACCAAUCAGAUUGGCAAAAGGUUUGUUGCAGCAGUGUGUGAUUCUAGGUCGUUGUGCUGCAACAUUUCUUAUCAAAUCAAAAUGCAUUUAAUGUAGUGACCUUGUAGUGACCUUUGAGCCAACAGGGCUUUCAAUCCUCUAAUAUGACAGACAGUGGUGUCACAGGUCAUGACCGAUGGAACGGCACAAUGACUCGGCAUAAUGGUAAGCUUGCUCCGAUGGCUUUAUUGAGAUGCUUUGAUCGACAAAGGCGCAGCAUAAUGGAAGACAGAAGAUUUGCAACUGCAAAAGCUGAUCCCUGUGAACUGCGCGAGGCUCUGCUAUGCAAAAUGGUGUAACUUUUCUGUGGAAAGUUCCUCACUUAAGAUGAUGAUCCGAAUCUGGCAGAUGUAGAGAAGGCGUGACCUCUCGUAAUCCAUGUGCAUAAUGUAAAAGGUUAAAAAACAAACAUGUUUGUUUGCAUGUGGAACUUGUGCAUAUACACUGCAUUUUAGACAUUGGACUAAUCACAUCCAAAGUGGGUUUGUGCCGGUAUGCAAGAUUACAAGAAAGUGGAAAAUAAUGAUUCUGGAAUCACAUAUUACCAGGAUCAUAU